AUGAAACUAUAUUUCAAUGAAAAACCGAGAACUUUCAUAAUUACAACAAAUACUCAUGCUCUCAUUAUAAGACAUCCUAAUCCUAUAUACAAACAUAGAAGUAUAAGAGGACUUAUACCGCGGCACAAUCGUCGAGAGAACGAUAAAGAAAAUAACAAAGUCUUGGUAGAGUUUGUCAUUAAGGACUUUAUCAACUUUGCCUCAUUUCGAGAUAUAACGCCAAAAGUCGGCAAGUUGAUUGGGUUUCUUGGUCUCCUUAGUUUGAAAAGUAAAGUGUUUUUAGGAUUCAUUACAAAAGACGAGAUUGUUGCUUCGCCAACUGUUGAUGAAAAGAUUUAUAAGAUAACAGGAACUGAGUUUUAUUGUUUGAACAAUGAUGAGUAUGACUACUUGCUAGAUAGGGAAGAUGAAUACUCGGGAUAUCUGGAUACUGAAAGCACAAAAUAUCCCGCUGCCUCAAUUAGAAAACUCUUAUCAAGUGGCGCAUUUUACUUUUCAAAACAAUUUGACAUUACAUCCAAUAUCCAAGAAAGAGGAUUCACAAAAGCAGAGUUUCAAUUGAUAGCUGACUCUCCCUAUUUCAAAAGAUUUUCGUGGAAUAGCUUUAUGUUAGGCGAGCUUCUUGAAUUCAGAAACAGACUUAGUCCUCUGGAGCAGAAAAUAAUUGAUACGUCUGGCUACUUGGUUAUAAUAAUGCGUGGGUAUGCAAAGUCGGUAAACACUGAAGUCGCAGGUAGUGAAGCUUUAAUGACAUUGAUUUCAAAACAAAGUUGCGCAAAAGAAGGACCUUUGUUUGGAGAUUGGGGUUGCGAUGGAAAUGGGUAUGUUUCAAACUACCUUGAAACAGAAAUCAUCAUUUAUACUGGCAAGUUUUGUCUAUCUUAUGUCAUUGUGCGAGGUAACGUGCCAAUGUAUUGGGAGUUGGAAAACAACUUUUCAACUAAAGCCAUCCUAGCGCCCAGCGCCAAAAAGGUGAAUUUUCCCCGAUCUUUUGAGGCUUCACAGGAAGCAUUUACCAGGCACAUUGAUCGAUUAGCUACUCAAUUCGGGGACGUCCAUAUCCUUAAUGAACUAUCCGACAAAUCGUACAAAGGAGUCCUUAAUGCCGCGUUUGAAGAACAAAUAAAGUACUACUUUGAACAUCGAGAGCAGGCAAAUUCUGACUUUAAACUAGCAUACACGCAUCUCCCAAUACCGGCAUCUCGUGUAAAGAAGAUUGGAUAUACUUCUCAAAACCCUUCUGACAUUAUCGUUACAUUUUCAGACUCGGCGGUAAAUUUUGGAGCACUAUUUUAUGAAAACUCAACAAUGACUUUUAUCGGGAAGCAACUUGGUGUUUUUCGAAUAAACUCAUUUGAUAGUUUAAGCAAAGCCAAUUUCUUGUCCAAAAUAAUAAGUCAAGAAGUUAUCAAACUAGCAUUUCAAGAUAUAGAUAUAGAAUUAAACAAGGAUUUAUACACAAAGCAUGCAAGACUUUGGCAAGAAAAUGACGAGCAAAUAACAAAGUUGGUGCUAAAUUAUGUUUCCAAUAGGGACAAAUUGCAUACCAGUAACGUGUCACACGCAUCAUCGGUAAAGUCACAUAUUACUAAGAAAUACUUGAGUAGUGUUGUAGAUACAAACAAGCCGAAUGAAUUGGCACUUUUGAAAUUGUUGGGAAGAUUGCAAGAUCAACAAGCAAUUACUUUGCAUAAUCCCCUUCACGACUUUGUCGCAAAGGAGCUUAGCGAGCGAGAGGGGGAGUUUACAUCUGAGCUGGAUAUUUUGCUUUUUGCUUCAACUUUCAAUGUGAAUGGAACCAUUUUCGAAGGAGACAUUGAUGAGUGGAUCUUUUCCGAAAACAAAUUGCACGACUUGGUAUUUAUCGGACUACAGGAGAUUGUCAAACUCAAACCUGGUCAAAUGGUGAAUACAGACUAUAGGAAUAAAGCUCAAUGGGAAAGAAACAUACUUGAAUGUUUGUUGAAGCGUGAUAAGUAUAUGACAUUGUGGACUGGUCAAUUGGGGGGACUUGUUUUACUUUUAUUUGUUAAAGAAUCUGAGGUCAAAUAUGUUUCCAAUGUGGAAUUUUCAUUCAAGAAAACUGGUCUUGGUGGCGUUGCGGCAAAUAAAGGCGGCGUUGCUGUGAGCUUCAAGUUCUCGGAUACUAGUAUUUGUUUUGUAUCUUCUCACUUUGCCGCGGGACUCAAUAAUGAUGAAGAAAGACAUCACAACUACAAAACACUAGUUAAGGGUAUUCAAUUUUCGAAAAACAGGAGGAUACCAGAUCAUGAUGUUGUUAUUUGGGUUGGUGAUUUCAAUUAUAGAAUUAAUUUAACAAACGAGCAAGUCAAGCCGUUGAUAUUGCAAAAAAAAUAUACAAAGCUACUCCAAUAUGAUCAAUUGAACCAGCAAAUGGCCAGCGGGGAAUCUUUUCCCUUUUACGCAGAACAAAAGAUUCAUUUCCCACCAACUUAUAAAUUUGAUAAUGGUACAAAAGUCUACGACUCGAGCGAGAAGCAAAGAGUUCCUGCUUGGACCGAUCGUAUAUUAUAUCUAUCAAGAAAGAAUCUAAUCAAACCAAUUGAAUACAACUAUGCUCGAAAUAUUACAUUUUCGGACCACCGUCCGGUUUAUGCACUGUUUCAAGUCACAGUAAAGAUUAUAAAUCAAGCAAUUAAAAAGAGUAUCUCCAGUAAACUAUACGAAACCUAUAAAUUGAAGCAUCACGGAUUGCAAGAUAUAGCUUCUUUGUCAUAUGAUGUCGACAAACGACUCAUUGACUAUGAGAAUAGGAAUUUGCCGCCGCCAAGUUCAGAUAAGGACAAAUGGUGGUUAGAAGGUGGCAAACCCGCAAAAGUGACAAUUCCAAGUCUAGAUAACAAAAACAAUGACCUAGUUGUUAACCCAUGGAGUCCAAUUAAUCCAUUCACUAGAUCUAACGAACCAGAAUUUGUGUCAUUGAAAGAAUUAGAAGAAAUGUUAAAUUAA